AUGGUAGCAUCGAUCCUUAGGCAGAUGUGCCUGAGCAAAUACAUCAAAUCUUCUGUUCCUGAGCCUGAUGAAGAGAAGGAUUCUAAGGGAUGGAAUAAGUGGAACCAAGAGCAGGGAAUAGUAGUUACUCUUCUUCAAAGCACACUGCACAAGACGAUUCCUAAGCACUCAGAAGACUACAUCGACCAAAUAGCUAUACAACUGGCAAACUGCAAGAUAGCAGACUACUUGACUCUUCAAGCCUUCAGAGAUGAUCUACAGUAUAUGAAGAAAUGCCUGAAGGAGCUCAAACUGGAGCUUUCAGAGGGCUUUCUUCUUGCUAUCAUUCUGAAAAAGAUUGAAAAUGUGCUACCAGAAAUGCAUGCGUUUGCCAGAAGGGACUACAAACUGGGUAUGCUUACCUGGAACACUCUUAUGGCAGAGAUCAAUUCGGCUAUUAUUACAAGCAUAGAUAACAAGGCCUUUUCAUUCUUCAAGAAGACAGCUCAAACGUUGAUCUCAUCGAAUGCUUCAGGAGGAGCUCAAGAGGGUGCGAGGCAGUGGCCUCGCGAGAACUUCCUGCUCUCCACAAGCAUUAUUAAUAGCGUAAAGCUGCCUAAGUUGAUCAUCGAGAAGAUUUCCUACUAUUGCCAAUGCAAGAAAUAUCUUAUUUCUAGCUGGAAACACUAUAAGGAAUGUGGCAAGUGCUAUAGCACGUCUAGACGAAGCUGCAGGAACAAUACUCAAGGCCAAACAGCUCAGCCAACAUCAACGAGUUCGUUAAUCACAGCAGAACUAACAGUUUUUGGUGGAUCGAGCGUAGCCAGCAAACCAGCUACAGUUGCUAUCUCUGCUCUCGUCGAGAACGGAAAACUCUCAAGGGAUAGCAUCAUUACUGAUAUAAGCGCUUCAGAAACGCUCUUCAACAACCCCAAGUAA